AAACUUAAAAAGCAGACAAAAAGGAAAGAAAAAAAAAAAAUACAUUACCCCUAUCCGAUUCUCUCUCAGUCAGCCGAGCCCAACUCCCCCAACCGCGCCGAUCCCCUCUUACAGUAGCAUCCCUUCAUCCGAGUCCUCUCCAGCUAUCUUCGGUAAGGAACAUGGCGAAGCAUCAUCCUGACCUGAUUAUGUGCCAAAAGCAACCUGGAAUAGCUAUUGGAAGGUUGUGUGAAAAAUGCGACGGUGAAAAAUGCGACGGUAAGUGUGUAAUUUGUGACUCUUAUGUGCGUCCUUGCACACUUGUUCGGGUUUGCGAUGAGUGCAACUAUGGAUCUUUCCAGGGAAGGUGUAUUAUUUGUGGAGGGGUUGGAAUUUCUGAUGCUUAUUACUGCAAAGAGUGUACUCAGCAGAAGAAAGAUAGAGAUGGGUGCCCAAAAAUUGUGAAUCUAGGAAGUGCCAAAACAGAUCUGUUCUAUGAACGGAAAAAGUAUGGUUUCAAGAAAAGAUGAUCAUUAGCAGGUCAAGUUUCACUUAGAUUCUGGAAAUCAUUUUGUUUUGUUCUUCAUUGAGGCUUAGCAAAUAUUCCAAUCAGGUAUUUUUCUUAGAAAACUUGCUUGUUACUGCUUGUAUGUUUGACUGUUGUAUUUUCUCGUUUGAUAUGUUUCCAACCUACUCUAAUUCUGUGGCUAAUCAAGCAAUUUAUGACUUGAGUAAUUCUCACUCGUAAUCUUUGUAUGUGGCAUGCAUCUCAGGAUGUUUGAACUCCUGAGUGCGUAUUAUAUUUAUGUUAAAUUUAAUACUUAGUAAAUAGUUGAUUCAUUGUAUGGCCUAACCCAGCCACCCUUCCCUUAGUAGAUUAUCCCAUUCGCUUAAAUGCAGAAUAUUGUUGUAUCAAAAAGUUCUUUCAGCACCCUCCCUUAGAGUAGAUUAUCCCCUCCGUUUAGACGUGGAAUAUAAUUGUUUAAAAAAAUAGUCUUUUAUGCAACGAAAAUGCUACCUCAAGUUAAUUGUACAAUGUCAUGUGGAAGAAUAAUAUGGUAACCACUUUUGAACUCAAUAGUGGUCAGUUUACUUACCAAGAAUGAGAAUGCAAAGUGUGGGUAUAAUUCUCACUCUUGACAUCAUGCGUUUACUAAAAUGCAAGGAAUAAAAAGGUAAUGGAAUCCCUUGUUAAACAAAUGUGUUCCGUUUAUAAUUUCAACCAUGUCAGUACAAAUAGAGACUUGCUUAUUCCGUACCUGAACAAUGUCACUUAUAUAUCACUUUCAUAUCAUUAUCAUAUACGCAAAGUAAGCAAGCAUGCCCUAAAUUACAACUACAACAAGAGUUUUCUAUCAAUCGAAAUAGUCCAGUCCAAGUCAAACCACAACUCACAAGUAAAGAAUCCAUCCUUCACACUUUUUUUGUACUUAGCCAUUUAAGAUUUAACCCAAAAACGAUGACUUGGCUUCACACAAUCCCUCCACUUGGCAGCCUCGAGACGUGUUGCCCCAUCAUCCGGGCAGCCCCAAACAAAACCUCGACGAUAUACGGAGUGGCGGG